CAGAAUAUGCUAAGUAGGUGGGAUUUAUACGACUUCUCAGAAAAUGACUGAAACCUUCAUAACGACUUUUCCAACUACUCCAAAUCCGACAUGGACUUUGCCACGCUUCACGCCGCCGCCGGAAUGUCUUGACACGAAGAGCAUAUGGAACAUGGAGACACAAUGCUAUUCUGGAACGGCACAGGGGCUAUACAGAACAACGCGGACGUGUAACUACCUCUGGCUCGGAUAUACUGAUUACCCUCAUACUACCGGUGGCCUUGGUCUUGGAUUGAAUGGCUUUUGCGGUCCAGGUUGGAACCAUCCAGCGACGGAGUGUCCUGUAGGAUAUACUCCUGCUCAUACCGUCGACUACACACCUGAUGCGACUACUUCACGGGAGAUACUGUGUUGCCUGACAGCAUACGAUUUUGAAUGGAAAAGACCGACUCUGACUGAUCAAAGCGGCAGCUCUGCAACGCCGUACGAUAAAUUCUGCGUUGCAUCCAACCUGAAACCAUCGGGUACUUCACCCUUGACUCUAACAGCCUUCGAUCUCUCAUCCGCAAGUUCUCUACAAACAGACAUCCGAGUCUCAACGACGAUAGAAUUCGACCAAGAACAAGACAUCCUCCUUGCAUCAGCAGUCACCAUAUCGUAUCAGAUAAACCCAGGUGGAACGAUUUGUGUUCCCGACUGUGAUGAUCCUUAUACAGGUGGACCUUGGCCACGGCCUGCACAAACAGUUACUCCAGCUCCCGAGACACCAAGAAACGACUCGGGUUUAAAGGGAUUAGAGAAACUUGUCUGGGUAGGAGUUGCGUUUGGGAUUGUAGUUGGGUUAGGGAUUUUCGCUUGUAUAGGAUGUCGUAUACAUCGUAGUAGGAAGAGGAAGAGGAUGGUUGCUACGUCGGAACCCCAAGGGCACGGAGGAGAAGUACAGGAUCAUAAUACAAUAGCCAUGGAAGUAUCGAAAGGGAAAAAGGCAGACUAAUUUCUUAAUCUUAAUCGUAAUUAAGUAACUUGGCAAUAGCAGAUUUGCAAGUAUCAAUGCCAAAGUUAUAGACGGAGAAAAUGAAAGCUCAGAGAAGAAAGGAGACCAAGAAACUUAUUCUGGAUGCUCAAAGAUUGAUCCAUGCACCGCAGAG